AUGGAAAAGAUUCUUUGUACAUCCACUUCGGCCUUGUCCUCGACGAAGCUGACGAACGAAUUUGAACGCGCAGUGCUCCAGCUUCACAAACAGAUUCUCGAUAUGGUGGCUGAGUGUCUGGUAUUUGCGGGGUUAAGACACGGUGACGUUUCUGCCAAGUCGAUGGGGACAACAACCGCAGAGUUUCUGGAUUUCCUGGAAGCGCAGUCUAAGACUCAAGUUAAAAUUCUAGAGGUCGAAGUACGUGCUGGUCAGGAGCUACUUCGGCUGCACAAGACUCAAUACGAAAAAGAACGUGCUGAACUGGAUGAAGAAAUCACAGCACUGCGUGUUGGUCGUACGGAGGCCGAGCGACGGUGUGCCGAGCUCCGCACGGAUCUCCGGAAAUGUCGAAGUGAAUUGGCGUGUCAUGUUGCAAAUGCAACGGAUAUUCAGCGGUAA